AGCAAGGGCCUCCUUGGACGGUGGACUGUGGUUGGCCCUUAUCAGGCUCCAGUCAUCCCUGACUGAGGUUCAUAAGCCUUGGGGUGACUCUCUGGACAGCCUCUGACCCUUCACCACGGAGGACACUGCAGGCUGCCAUCACAGAGCCUGGGAGUUGUGUGGGUCCAAACCCUACACCUUUAAUCUCUGUAGAAGGCCAGAGGAGGCCCUCCCUCUGCCUGGAGGCAAGAAUAGACAGAUCUUGACCUCUUAUCCCUAAAGUCAGGGCCCUUCCCUCAAGCAAGUCAGUCCCACAGCUCCUCAGCCUCCACCCACUCUUCCUGCCCAGCCUCCCCUCAAACAGCCUUCUGGCCUUGCUCUGGGUUGAGAAGCUAGUCCAAACAGGCCUCUCCCACAUUCCCUGGCUGCUCUCCAGCUUGUAGGAGCCGAGAGAACCUUAACUUCAGGGACUGUGAGGGCCGAGCAGGGGCUGCUAAAGGGAGCCACCGAGUGAAGCGGGGAACUUCAGAUGUUAGGCUUCCAGAUGUUAGGCCUUCUGGGGAACACAAGCCUCGUGAGCUGGAUCGCAGGCAUUGUGCUGGCUCUCCUAAUGUUGGUCAUGCUGUCGGCCGUCUGUCUUUUCCACAGAUCACGGGAGCAUGACGUGGAGAGAAACCGAGUCCGGCAAACCCGGCCUCGACUCUUCCACGGCCGGCGCCUGGGUCUCCUGGGAGUCUCUCACCAUCACCAUCACCGUGGCCAUGUGUCUGGGGUGACCAGUGCAGGCUUUCAUCACCACCACCAGCAUCUCCAUCGCCAGCAUCACCGUUCGCCCCAUCGUCUCCACCACCAUCACCACCAUGCUCGCGGAGUCCGCCACUGAGGCCAAUGGAUGGUACCUACCUGGCCCUGCCCUCCACCCAGCACCGAAAUGAGUGGACCCUGAUGUCUCUGUAGAAAAGGAUGUGUCUUUGGGGCCUAUGAGGGGGACUGAGUUUGGCUUGGGUUUCAUUUGUAUAUGAGCCCUUCUUCCACUGUGCAGCAGAGACCUGAGAACCACUUGGGUAACUAUACACUGUAAGGCUUGGGUUUGGAGCAGGGCUGGCUGGACACCCUACCUUGUGACUACAAUCCCUGGUGACACCGGAAGUAACAAGGGUGUCUGGUAGAACCAGUGCCCCAGUGGAUACGAAGUGCUCGUCUGAGUGGGAAGACCCUGUGAUGACCUUCAAGGGGCAGAAUGUGUGGGACAGCCUGGCCCAUACAUUGUUCAUCCAAACGUUCAUUGUUGCUUGGCUAUAACAAUAAAAGCCACCAGAAAUGGUUC